AUGGACCAGUUAUCCAACCGGUCAGGGGUGGCCAGUGAUGACAUCACAGAUGAAACAACAUCCUUUGUGGAUGUCAGGUGGACCUCUGAAGAAGAAGAGAGCUCUGAUCCUAAGGCGCUGUGUGUUGCGGCACCUCAGACUACUCUGUCAACCUACAAACUGAGGUCUGAUGAGUUUAAGAAGUUGUUCAAAGAGCUUCCAGAGUCCGAGAGACUCAUACAGGACUACCCAUGUGCCCUCCAGCGGGACAUCUUCCUCCAUGGACGGCUCUACCUCUCACAGAACUGGCUCUGUUUCUACAGCAAUGUGUUUCGGGGUACGAAGAUUGCACUGUCCCUUAAAGACAUCAUAUCUAUGACCAGAGAGAAAACAGCUCGAUGGAUUCCUAAUGCUAUCCAGAUCUGCACGAACACAGAGAAGUACUUCUUCACUUCCUUCGCAGCAAGAGAGAAAAGUUAUCUGGGUUUUUUCCGUAUGUGGCAAAACGCACUUUUAGACAAGCCUCUGACCAACUUGGAGUUGUGGCAGAUGGUUAAACAGCAUUAUGGACAAGACCUGGGGCUGAGCCAUGAAGAAAUGGAGAGCUUACAGAUAUCAUCGGAAUCAAGCAUGCAGACCAGUCUGAGUGCAAGGCCCAGUAGUGAUGAUGGCCUCGGAAGGCUAGAGCAGACCCCUUCCCUUCGCCUACCUGUGAUUGAGCAUGGGCCUGUAGAGACCUCAACACCUCAAGGGGAAGACCUGCUGUCCUCUCCUGGUUCACAGAACACAGCCAACACGGAUGACUCUCGCAACACCCCGUCUCAGCGGCGCAGUCCUGUCCCCUCAGUGGACCGUCUUGUGCCAGAACGGGUUUCCAAACGCUCCUCGCUUUCUCUUGACCUCAACGCCAAUGAAAAUGGUUUAUCAGAUCAGAGUUCAGAAAGCAUCGAGGAAUCGGAGCAGCGAGUGGGUCUGUCCCAGGAGCAUGGGCGUCUCAAUAUAAACAGAGUUUUCCACAUCAGCGCCAACAAAAUGUUUGAGUUGUUAUUCACCGAUUCUGACUUCAUCCGCAGGUUUAUGGACAUGAGGAAGAUUAGCAAUACUAGCAUAACUGCUUGGCAAAAAGACGCCUCAGGAAACAUGAAGCGCACUCUGAAAUACACAAUAACCAUCAACAACCCUCUGAUUGGCAAAUUCACCACUGUUACAGAGAACCAGCAUCUGAGAGUUAAAGAAUCCAAGGAUGGUCAUUAUUACCACGUGGAUGCAGAGGUGUACACUCGUGACGUUCCCUACCAUGAUUACUUCUACACACAAAAUCGAUACUGCAUCAUAAGUAACUCCAAGCGGAAGUGUCGACUAAGGGUCUACACUGAUGUGAAGUACAAGAAGCAGCCAUGGGGUCUGGUCAAAUCCUUUAUUACCAAGCAUACCUGGAGCGGCAUAGAGGAUUAUUUCAGACAGCUGGAAGCUGAACUGCUGGAGGAGGAAGCGGAGAUGAAUCAAACGGGCAGUGAUGCUGGGAAGAUGGGUGGGCUUCGAAGAAGGAGGCGGACUUACAGCCGGAGUCUGUCCGACCACACGAAACCCAACAAGCAGUACGGGCAAAACCCUGAGCAGCACAGAGAAGGCCACAUGGGCUCCAUAGAAAUGAAUGGCCCAUACAGAUGGAACACCAAUACGAUAAUAGCUGCGAUGAGUGUGAUUUUGCUAAUUCUGACGGUGCUGAACCUGGGCCUGUUUUUCAAGUUGUGGGCCAUGGAGGAUGUGACUCACCGCAUGUACCUGAGCACAAAGCAUCGGCUUAGGGAGAGGAGUGAGGCCAGCUUUGCCUCUGACUACAGUCCCAAACAGGAAUUUGGGUACUGGACCAGGGAAGAGAUGCGCUUGCUAAAAACUGUACUACAGGACUCCAUCAGACUUUUAGAACAGCUCCGCAACUCUCUGGUGCUGCUGCAGCAGAACUUCGCCUUGGCCAAUCACACAGCAGCACCGCUGUGAUGCUCCACACCUGCUGACAAUAGAGCACCUGCCUCCAGCCCUGUUGAGGGGAAAAAGGAUUGUAGCACUGAACAGCCUCUCAGGAAAUCUCUAGUGUCCAGUGACGUUGCAGUAAAGAAAUCCCCAGGUCCCUGACAUGCAUUGGUUGCCAUGGGUUACACAUCCCAAAGCCUGUAGUGGGGCCAUCAGGUGCCAGGAUGUUUUUAAAGCUGCAGACUGGUUGCUGAAAGAACGGUCAGUGCUACUGUUGGCACCUGG